CAGACAGUUACCUACAGACAACCAAUUAAUACACAAGAGGAUAUAACAGUGACAUCAUUUUGGCAGGGUCUCUAGAUCCAGAUGCUUUAUAUAAACACAGCAGCUAUUUUUCAUCCAUUUCCAAGCUGGUCAACAUGGAGAAAAGAUCUCUCUGAGAGUCUUACAGGAUUCUGACAUCACAUCCAUGAAUUCCUCAUCUAAUACCUACAAUGUGUCAAGCAGCCUAAAUUAUCGAGACUCUGCAAGCAUAGCUGUGGUUAAAAAUGUGAUCAUCCUGGCUCUUGGCCUCACUAUCAACUACAUUAAUGGCACACUGGUUGACGUCUUCAGAAAGCACCAGAUACUUCAUAUGAAUCCUCGUUACAUCCUGUUCAUCCACCUCGUGUUGAACGAUAUGAUCCAGCUUACUGUCACAAUCAGCUUGUUCAUCUUAAGUUAUGUCUUCUACAUGAUUAAUGCUUCUCUCUGUUGCUUUAUUGUUACCUUAGCUGUCUUUACUACCCUUAACACUCCACUAAAUUUAGCUGCAAUGGCAGUGGAGUGCUACAUUGCUGUUUGUUUUCCACUGCGGCACUCUGAGCUGUGUACCAUUAAAAGAACAUAUAGUCUGAUAGGUUGUAUUUGGGCUUUGAGUGUAGUUUCAAUUCUGCCAGACAUCUUUAUUAUUCUGGCAACAGAGCCUGAAUGGUUAUUUCACUCCACUGUAUUUUGUGAUAGGGACAACUUGUUCCGACAUCCAGUCAGUUUAAAAAAGAGAGAUGUUUCUUACCUGCUUUAUCUAACUGUAGUUUGGCUCGUCCUCCUCUGCACCUACUUCAGGAUCUUCUUAGCUGCUAAAACUGCUAAUUCAGUAGAGGGAAAUUUUAAAAAGGCCAGGAAUACUAUCCUGCUACAUGGCUUUCAGUUAUUGUUGAAUAUGCUGACUUAUAUAGCCCCUCCAUUAAAAAAUGCUUUGAUGAACUGGUUUCCUAACCAUUUUAUACAAGUAUACUUUAUUUGGUACAUAAUCAGCCAAAUUCUUCCCAGGUUCUUCAGUCCUAUUGUGUAUGGGCUACGAGACAAGAUAUUUAAACAGUAUUUGAAAAAGCAUAUGCUGUGUAUCAUGAGUACAAAGAAACCAUAACUUUCACUAAUACCGAUGUUACUUUACAAAAUCAAACUAGAAAGGAGUUGAGAGGAAACAGGUUUUGGUUUUUCUGUAGUGCAGUUGUGUUUACCAGUGCUGAGAUCUUAACAUAUGGUUAAAAGCUCUCA